AUGGAGAAACUAACUGCCUUCAAGAGUGUUCAGGAUGAGCUAACUGUUCAAUCUGACAACAUUUUGCUGAGGGACCACAGAAUCAUACUUCCAGCAUCACUACGAGAUCGAGCCAUACGCAUUGCUCAUGAAGGACACCAGGGGAUGGCCAAGACAAAAUCAUUUAUACGCUCAAAGAUAUGGUUUCCAGGAAUUGACAGUAAGGUCGAAACAGCAGUGAGAGAUUGUAUGCCAUGUCAAAUUCAACACCGGAAACAAGAAUGGAACCACUACGGAUGUCGGAACUCCCUACAGGACGAUGGGGAAAAUGUCAGCGUCGAUUUUUGUGGACCCUUGACAACUAGAGAAUAUUUGAUGGUACUCGUAGAUGAAUUUUCACAAUACCCCUGCGUAGAACUUUUGCGCUCUGUCUCUACACCAGUACUUGAUAAAGUGUUUAGCACAUUUUGUACCCCAAGGACAGUAAAAAGCGAUAACAGAAGUCCAUUCAAUUCAGAAGCUUUCCGGAAGUAUGCAUUGAACCAAGGGUUUAAUCACAGACGCAUCACCCCAAGAUGGUCUCGAGCUAAUGCCCAAGCCGAGAGCUUCAAUAAGCCGCUAAUGAAGGUAGUGCGAGCAGCUCAUUAUGAGAAAAAGAACUGGCGACAGGUGUUAUUUGGAUUUUUGAGGCAGUACCGUACCACGCCACAUAGCACGACCGGACAGACACCGUACCGACUUAUGUUUGGUCGCGAACCAAGAACAAAGAUGCCACAGGUUGCUGAAAGACAACAGAACGCCCUGCACGAACAGGUUCGCGAAAGAGACAGUAAGAGGAAAUGUCAAAUGAAAUUGUACGCUGAUGCUAGAAACCAUGCAAAAGACAGUGAUAUAUCUGUUGGUGAUGUUGUUGUAGUGCAGCAGGACAUGAAAGGUAACAAACUCACAACGGCGUUUGAUCCACAGCCAAGGACCGUCACGAACAUGAAAGGUCCCAUGAUCACCGUUCAUGGUAAAACAACAAGAAAUGUAUCGCGUUUCAAAAAAAUAAACCAAUGUCCAGGAAAGGGACAACAAAGUAAGCAGCAAUUUUAUGAGGAAAUAGAGGAGCUGAAGGAGGACUCGGAAGCUGGUAAACCAGUAAACACUCCAUAA